GAUGGAAAGGUGGUCCGCCAAAGGGGAGGUCGGGCGCCCGAAGGACGUCUGAACAGACAGGAAAAAGCGGAUCUGCUAGGCCUUUUGCGGACAGGCGCAGAUUCAACUAAACCUACUCAAGAAUAUGCCCAUUAUACCGGAUGACGCCAAAAUGUAAUGCUUGCCCCUUCCCCACAGACAUUUUCAUUCCAUUGAUCCAUGUUUGGAUCCCAAAAUGAAGACCAACUUACUGAAGCGCCAUGCUCAGAGGCGUUUGGGCUGAAGACCCUAUAUCAACCUUAUCCAGAGGACAGGCAAGAAAAGAAUCUUCCUAGAGGAAGCUCCACUAGUUACCAAAAACGCAGCUUUCCACAGCUCACCUCUUCGCAAUUUAUCGCUGCAAUUUGAUAGUGAAAUUCGGGGAAAGCGGGCCUCCCAUUGCUGUUAUGCGAAUUACAUAUGAAAAAGAAGAAGAAACGAAAAUAGGGUACCAUGCUUGUUGGGUUCUCUUUUUACAUGCUUGCCAAACAAUAAAAAUAAAAGCAAAGACGUCGUCCAUCAAGAUAGUCAAGCAUUCACGAAUAAAAUGGUGUGAAUGAGUACGGUAGUGGACGGUGUCGAAAUUAAACGAACCCAUCAAAAAUAAAA